GUGACGCAAUCAAAGAAAAAACAACAACAACAAAAAAAUAAAACACAAGUCCAACUUUAAAAAUUUAAAAACACAAAACAGAGAGCCGGUUCAGACAACCACGCGCGCGCGCGUGAGUGUCAAGGAGGGGGUUGUCCUCCAGCCAGUCAGACGCCACAGCUUCACCUUGUCUACAUGCUGCUGCGUUGCUGCUUCUCCCGGUGGUCCUGGCUGGACGUUUUCUACGUGUGCGGAUUGACAACAAACAGCUAUGAAGGAGUUCUUGUAGCUAUGAAGAAGUUGUGAUGUUAUUCCGUGGUUUGGGUCGUGCUGCCGUGGGGGACACCAUCAUUUCGAGCUAAGUUAACUUCUAUGUCGUCUGACAGUCAGAUAGCUUUGCAGCAGUUGCGACACUUUUCAUGCUUUUGUUGUUAGUUUUUGAAUAUCGGAGCAGUUUUAUUGAACAGAUUGAGGUUUUCGUGCAGGUCAUUUCAGCAGUUGCAGUUGUGUAUUGCAGUGUGUAGUGUGCACAACAGUGUGGGUUAUUCACAGUGCUGCUAUGCAGACUGGCUGGAGCCACUCAGACAGAUCCACUGGAGCUUGAGUCUUAUGUUAUAGAUUCAAGCGCUCUCACAGAAAGCAACAAAAGCAAGCAGGCAGAAGAAGCGGCUCUCCACCCGUUGGGAGUGUGGUGGUGAGCACUCGUAUGGAAUGGCAGAUGUUCCUCAGCUUUGGCUUAUUCAGGAUGCUGCUAUGCAGACAGAGUGGAGCCACACAAAAGCUGCUGCUAAAGUUCAAGUAACGUGCAUGACAUAGCAAAGCAGGAUCUUGUCUUUCAUAGUUUGCAGCUGAAGCUUUUCUGUCAAGUUGUGUGUUUUGUGUGAAGUUGUAUCUGCCAACACACUUUCUAUACUGUGACACGUUUGCUAUAUUGAUUGAUUUCACCUUCUUAAGUCAUUAUGGUAAUUGCUUGAAAAAUGAAGGACCCUCACCCACUUACUAAUAACUGGAUUCAAUCCAGCAAAGACUCGGUACUUAUCUCCAUGCAAGGUUCUCACAAGAAGUUCAAGAGAAAGUCCCGUGAACCUAAAAAGCUAUUCAGUAGCUCUGAAGCUGAUGGGAUGAAAACCUACCCGGUAGAUACGCCGGAAGGGGACAUGCUGAAGGACGCUUGUAAUGUCAGCAGGUUGGCUCCACUCCACAGACACCUGCUGGUGUCCCAUGAGGCUAUGCCACCACAAAGCCGUGCCAUAGACAUGACAAUUGGGAGUACUGUCACUUCCAAACUGUCUCAGGUAGCCACUUCUCCAUUCUCUCACGCAGAGAUUGUCCACUGGCCUACAGCAAUCUCUCAGCCCCUGUCCAACAGAUUCAAACUGGGCCCCCGCUCUAGCAUGCCCACUCACAGCCUUUCACCCAAGGAGCACACCUUCUCUGUGGACUCAGUGACAUCACUGCUGGGCCAAACUACAACUCUGCCUCUCUCUACAACCUCCCAUGAACACGUCGCAGAGCAUCAGAUCCACUCACCUCAGGAAUGUUCUACAAAGCAAGUUGGAAUGACAACAGACGGAGCUGGUCGUCUUCCAGAGGUCAAAGCCAUCCAGCAGACCAGGAGGCUCUUAGCUAACGCCCGUGAGAGAACGCGUGUCCACACCAUCAGUGCUGCAUUUGAGGCCCUGAGGAAACAGGUACCUUGCUAUUCCUAUGGGCAGAAGCUAUCCAAGUUAGCCAUCUUGCGGAUAGCUUGCAACUACAUCCUGUCCCUGGCUCAGUUGGCUGAGUUGGACUACAGUUCGGACCACAGCAGUCAAAGCUUCUCUCAGUGUGUGGAACAAUGCACUCGCACCCUGCAAGCUGAGGGUAGAAGCAAGAAGAGGAAGCAGUCUCAGUAGGGAAGCCCAGACUUCCCAGUCCCCGGCCACCUCCUCCAGCUCCACCAGGAGGACACCAAGGCCAGCUGUGAGACAUAAUCCCACCAGCGUGUCCUACGUCUGCCCCGGGGCCAUCUCCCGGCUGGACAUGCCCAGGACACCUCACUAGGGAGGCGUCCAGGAGGCAUCCAGACUAAAUGCCCCAGCCACCUCAACUGGCUCCUCCCGAUGUGAAGCCCCUCUCGAAGAGUUUGGUUCCAGAACCCAAACUGUGGGUCGAGGUGAGUCCGACUAUGUGUAGUCGGAAUGUCUCAACCUCUCGCGCAAGUUCAGGUUCCUUCCCCACCAAAGAAGUGACAUUCCCAAGAACUAGAUUUGGCCGCCAAAGACCAGGUCCCCCAGGCACCCGCCCUCGACCGCUACCCAAAACACAGGAGCCAGGCCCGGGGGAGGGGCUUGCAGGUGAGCGCCUGGUGGUCAGGCCUUCACCCAGGCCCAGCCCAAACAGGCCACACGGGAUCUCCCCCCCCGUAACCCACCACCUGCAGGGGCAAGCAUAAGGGUCCAGUGCAAUGUGUUUUGAGUAGCGAUAUUUCUCUUGUGGGAACAGGGCAGCCGUAAGUCAAAUCAGACUGUGAGCUAUGGCAUCGCUACUGUGAAUGAUAAUACAGUAAAUACAUUCGUUCCUGUAUUCAAUAUCAAGAUAUGGAUUAGGAUUCAAUAUUAAUACAUGGAAUAUUUUCAUAGUAGCGCAUGGAAAAGCUGUUUCUGCUUUCCAAAUGCAUCUUUUACCAUUAUUAGAGCUCGUAUAGUCACUUUUACGCUCCUAUUAUUCUUUGUUUACACCACAUUGCAAAUGCGCAGGCUACAGGAUGCAGGGACAUAAGUGGCAGCCACGGCUCCAAGCAUAGCAUGCUAGUAAGCUAACAAAUGGAGUGGAGCAAAUGGAGUGGGGAAGGACAAAGUAAGAAGCCAAAAACUUACUACUUCCACACAGAAUGAGACAAUGUUUUUUCACUCUAUCAUGUUGGACAUGCCAUGACAGUAAUGUAAUGUCGAUGUUUUUCAUCAUGACUGACAUCUAGUGAUCAGAAUACUACAUAUGACUUGUCUUUCAAUAUUAUUUUACUAAUAAUGGGCCAUAGUCAACCACGAAACAGCAAUCAAGUUAAAAUAAUGAUAGCAGUUGUAGCUGCUACUACUAAUUGUUUAUGUUGAUGUGUGUAUGUAAAAAUACAUUGCAGAUUGCAGUAUAGUAGAUUAGAUUUAGGUUCACACACACAAAAAAUACUUAGAGUGCCGAACAAGGAAGUAGUGAGUAGUGAGUAGUGCGACAUCGGCGCUAGUAUUACAUGUUCCGAUAGAAGCCAUAUACUGUACAGUCGUCCCUUAUGAGACAUCCAUUCUUAUUAGGUAGGGUAAUGCCCUACCUUGCACUCGAUGUAGCCAGCCAUAGAUGCAGAGUGAAAGGUUCCCCUCCCAUUCCAUGUGUAAGUGGUUAGUUUAUGUCUUCUUACAAAGUCCGUCUUCUUUGAAACCCUUUCUUGAAUUUAGAAGAAGCCAACUAGUUAGCUCGCUAGCUUGCUAGCUAGCAGCUAGAGUGUCUGUAGCAUAAUAGUUGUGCAAUCAAUGGUGGAUCGGGAUGUCGGGUGGUAGAAUGGUUGUCUCCCAACGGGUUGCGGGUUCGAACCUCCCGUGAUCAUGUCCAAGUGUCCUUGGGCAAGAUACAGUUGCUCCUGUUAGUGUGAAAUCACUGCGAGUGCCUUGGAGGUGGAAAAGUGCUAUACAAGUGAAAGACCUAUGACCAUUUAGCGAUGCCAUAGUUCAGAGUCUGAUUGCUUUCUGGCCAGAGACAACUUUUCUCUAAAUGAAAAAUAUUGUCAUGUUUUAAUCUUGCGAGAUCUCGUCACAAGCCUAACAUCAACAGUUAAUGGGGAAUGUGAGCUGGGAUUAGACCGUCGUGAGACAGGUUAGUUUUACCCUACUGAUGAUGUGUUGUUGCAAUAGUAAUUCUGCAUUUCUUUUGAUCAUGACUGCAAAAUAAAGCCAAAAUGGAGCUAAAAAAAGUUACAAGUGGCAGAAUUUUGAUAAAGAAGGUGAGAAACACUUGGAUUCAAGAAGUAACUCCAUAGCAAAACACCAAGGUGGUGUCCGUGUUGAUCUCACUGCCACAUCAUGUCUUUGGGAACAAUCACAUCUUCAUUAAAGGUAAAAGUAAGCUUAAAUGUUAAUUUAUCCCUUUCAUUCAUCAUUUAUAUGCAUUUACAAUUGUUUUAUGCAUGUAAAACUAUAAUUGUAAAACUAUUGAAACAUGUUAUGUGUUAACAUUUGUGAGACUUGUGGUUAGGUAGAAAGGAACUGCAGAGUCCACUGCUGAUGACAUCAUAGAAGGGUGACAGAGCUGGCUUCCGCUUCCUGUUUCCAUGUAUUAGCAAGCUGAUAGAAUGCUAACAAGGAUGUUUUGUGGUUAAAAAUUACACAGUUGGACUCAGGCAUUGUAUUAAUAACACGACAAGACGUGCUAACCAGAAAAUUAAAGAAGAAAAGAAGAGACUUGUGGUUUAACUUUGUUGGUUAGUAAUCGCUGAUGAUGGGCGACGGAGCUGGGGGGAACAAUGACUUCCGGUUCUGGUUUCCAGUUGAGCGUGGCAAACAGGCAGGUGUUGUCAUAAAGACAACACAGUGGGCUCAUGCAGCACAUGAAUAACACCACAAGUCUGAGUCACCAAUGCCUGGGAUUCUUUGAUUGGGCACUCAAGUUUGUGGACUGAUGCGGGCAACAGUGCCCCCUUGGGUCUGAUUAGUUUGGUACAAUAUGGUCAGGUUAAGGGUAUUCCUUAAAUCAUUGCGGCUUGCCUUUCAAAACCUUGGUCCAUGUGAACUUUGCUCUAGUGCCUGUUCCCUUCCUGCCCAGGUUGCAGCAUUCCAACCAUCCUGCUGACUCAUUCUUCCUUGAUCGUGUACCUCCUCCUGGAGCCACAGCCUCUUAGUGUUUCUUUUCUGAUAGGCCCACUAGAACCACCACUUCUGUCCUCCAACACUGAGAGUUCUUUGUGCUGAAGUAUUUUGGUACUACAAUGGAAAAUUUCAGAAUGCUGAAGCUUUAGUUUGUUGUGCCUGAGCAAGGCAAUGUUUUUGAUAGUCAACAACCACACACACCUAAGGACAGUUUUUAGAGUCUCCAAUGAAAGGAAAACUGCACUUUUUUUUGGAAUAUUUCCCAUCAUCCACAAUUCUAAUGUGAGACAUGAACACGUCAUCCUCGGAAAAAGUCUCGAAAAAGCACCAACAACGCUCCAGUUACAUAUUAUGUGCAUAUUAACCAUGUUUGUGUUCAAAAUAAUAACCAUAUUAACCAUGUUUGUGUUCAAAAUAACUUGAAAAGUUCUGAAUGGAUUUGGAUGACAUUUUCAGGAAUUGUCAGAAUUGGUGUAUGGAAGAACUGCUUGAAUUUUGGGGAUUUUCCUGGAUCACUGUCUGGAUCCAGGAAUUUUUUAAAAGGAUUAUUUAAAUUGCACGAGAGGUGGUCAGAGACUUGGAAAAUACAGGACAAGUUUCCAACGAGUUCUACAAAAUAUCAAAACCUGAUCCAAAAAAUGCAGGAUUAUUAUUUUUGGUGUGAAUCACAAUAUCACUAUGGCGCUUGGCGGAGGUCUGCGUUCUAGAGUGCUUCUCUAGUUGUUAUUAUUAUUACGCCGAUCAAACUACAUUACUGGCGUAUUGACACUGGCUGUUUUUAUAUCUUUAAAAUGCACAGGACAGAGAAAGACAUAUGUGUUUAUGGCUCACACAAGGAUUGUGGAUGAUGGGCAACAUUUUUAAAAAAGGUGUAGUUUUCCUUUAACAGAGCAAGCAUAUCUUAUCACCAGACUAACUGUAGGGGUGUUACUUCAUGUCUACAGGGCUCUAAUAAUGAAAGAAAAGAUCGUAUUUAGAAAGUCAUAUCGAGGUUUUCUAUACUCGAACUACAAAAAUAUUCCGUUAUCAAUAUUGAAUCCUACUUCACUGGAACCAAUUAACUGCAAUAAACGAGGGAUGACUAUCUUUUUUGGCUUGAUUUGCAUGUAGAUUCACUAGUUUUUAGAUUUAUAAACUCGAUGACAAGAAAGUAAUAUUUUAUUGAAGUACACAUUUAGCUUCCGUUUAAUGAAAAAUCUUAAAUACAGAGACAUGAGAUGUGUUUUUCAGACACCUCAAAUAAAAUCAUUGUUUUUACAUGCUGCUGUUUGCACUCUGCUGCAAAAUAUAAAUUGUGAGUAGUUUGUUUUUGUUUCACCCUACAGCCGUAUCAAGAUUAUUGUUAUUGUGAGACAUGCAUCGCAAAUCGUAUGGUAUCGUGAGGUACUCUUGAGAUAUUUAACACGGCGGUGUUCCCACUCCCCUUUUACUAACUUUUUCAAACAUUGUUCUAUCUCAUCAUGGUCACACAGUUUCUCAUCUGCUGUUCUCCCAUGUACGGAGGAGUGAGCGAUGACAUUGAUGAAAUGAUGACUCUUCUUAUGUCGCAACAUCUCGUGAGAUUAAAACACUGUACUGCCACGUGCAUGCGUGUCUGUUUACCUCGUCUCUCGCCUCCAAACAGGCAGGAAGAGAGUUCACUCUGUGCGUUGGUUCAGCCCAUCAACACAAACGAGCAAGUAUGCCAAAUUUAUUUCAAAGUGGUCGCAACAAAGGCAACAAAACAAACUUGCCCACCUCAAACAUAUCCGACCCGACCCACUUUUCCCACUUGGGACAAAAACUACACAUCGAGAUGCAGAGCCUUCAUCGCGACA